AUGUACAUCGCGUCGGUACCGCAAGCGGCAUUCCUCGCUUUCUUGUGGUUGCAAUCGCUUGAAAGUACGUGGGCGACACCGGCAAGGACCCAGGGAUUCCUAGCCAUCCCUCUCACCAAGACGUACAAUCUCCCUUCGUCACAGCUGGAUGAGCCUAACGCGUUGUUUGCGAAUGGAGGCGAAUUAGCAGGGACGAUCCAAUCCCCUACGGCAGAUGCAAUCCAUUCGCUUGGACUCGACAUCGAGGGUGACGAUUAUGGCUACGUCGCUUCGAUGCUUAUAGGAACACCUCCCCGGCCGUUCAGGCUCUUAGUGGACUCUGGGUCCUCGUACCUAUGGGUCGGUGGUGAAGGAUGCGUAAUGGGCGACGGCAGUGGUGACUGUUCGAACCACACCCUCAUUGGCCCCCAAAGCAGCUCGACCUUCAAGGACACCGGGGCGCCAUUCUUCGUGAAAUACGGCUCUGGACCAGUUGCAGGGCACAUCGUGUCCGACCAUGUCAAUUUCGCUGGCAUUGAUGUCAAGGAUCUAACAUUCGCCGUUGCCCUCAAAGAAAGCAGGCACUAUGGACUGAAGAGCACGCUAUACGACGGCAUCCUGGGCCUUGCGCGUUUACUUCCCGGUCAAAGUAGCUUCCCUCCACUCAUCGACACGCUAUACGAGCAGGGGUUCAUCAAAGAUCCCAUCGUAUCCUAUAAAAUCCCCCGCCGCGCAGAUCACUUGGACGACGGCGAAGUCGCUAUCGGUGCCAUGAAUCCCGCUAAAUACAAAGCCGCCACCGUCAUCACGCUCCCGAACAUCGGCACCCAGCGUUUCUGGGAGGUGUCAUUACAGCGCGUCGUCGUCAACGGGCUCAGGAUGACGUGGGGCACGAGAAGCGCGGUGCUCGACAGUGGGUCUACAUUCAUCCUUGGCCCACGGAAGGACAUAGCCAAAGUCCACACGGCGAUCCCAGGCGCACAGUACCAGAACGGAACGUGGGCCGUGCCAUGUCACACAGAUGUGAUCAUAUCCUUCACAUUUGGCGAUCGCACAUUCCCCAUCCCCGCGCGCGAUCUCCCUUUCAAACCUGUGGACAAGAAUGACCCCGACGGGCUCUGCCUCUCAAGAAUAGGAGAGCUACAGGGGUCGACGGACAGCAGGUGGAUCGUUGGCGAUGUGUUCCUCAAGAACAUAUACUUCUCCACACAUCUGGGCAAGAACGAGAUCUCAAUAGCUGAGCUAGCAUAA